UCGUCCACACCUCCUCGCUUCCAAGGCAAGCCAAAACGCGCAAGUGCGCGCAGCAGCGAGCCGCGCGACGCGACCUAGUACCUACCACUCCACUGCUCCGUUCCCCGCUAUAACUGCGACCCGCGGAGGUGUGUCCGCCGCCGACAACGCCGCGGGAACAGAGAGAGAGCCAUGGCGAGCGGCGGCGAGGGGAAGGGCGCGGCGUACCAGCGGUACGCCGCCUCGUACGGCGGAUACGGCGCAGCGGAGGAGGAGCGGCGGUGGUGGCCGUGGCUCGUGCCCACCGUGCUCGUGGCCUGCGUCGCGGUCUUCGCCGCCGAGAUGUUCGUCAACGACUGCCCGCGCCACGGGAGCACCCUCGGCGGCGGCGCCGGAUGCGUCGCCGCCGGGUUCCUCCGACGGUUCGCCUUCCAGCCGCUACGGGAGAACCCGCUCCUCGGCCCCUCCUCUGCCACCUUGGAGAAGAUGGGGGCUCUUAACUGGGCCAAAGUGGUUCAUGAGCACCAAGGGUGGCGCCUCAUUAGCUGUAUCUGGCUCCAUGCUGGCUUAGUCCACCUGAUUGUCAACAUGCUAAGCUUGCUAUUUAUUGGAAUCCGCCUUGAGCAACAGUUUGGGUUUGUGCGCAUUGGGAUCAUCUACUUGGUAUCUGGUUUUGGUGGCAGUGUGCUGUCUGCACUCUUCUUACGGAGUAACUACAUCUCUGUUGGGGCCUCUGGGGCUUUGUUUGGCCUCCUUGGAUCUAUGCUUUCAGAGCUUAUUAUGAACUGGACUAUCUAUUCCAACAAGGCAGCGGCGAUCAUAACUCUACUUUUUAUAGUUGCAAUUAAUUUGGCCAUUGGGAUAUUACCCCAUGCUGAUAAUUUUGCCCACAUUGGUGGAUUUGCGUCUGGAUUUCUUCUUGGAUUUGUGCUGCUGGCAAGACCUCAUUUUGGCUGGAUGGAACGCAAUGAGCUACCUCAGACUAAUCAACCUCCAAAAUACAAACUAUACCAGUACGUCUUGUGGGUUGCUGCACUCCUCUUGCUGCUAGUUGGGUUUGUAAUUAUCUUGGUGAUGCUCUUCAAGGGUAAGAAUGGGAACGACAACUGCCAUUGGUGCCAGUACCUGAACUGUGUACCGACAUCGAGAUGGAAAUGCACCACUUAACUCUUCUGCGAAAUAUAUGCCUCUUGACGGAACCAUUUUUAUGCUUGUGUGUUUGUGGAAAUCUACUACAAAUGUGUCCUCCAGCAGAACAGCUUGCACUUCUUGUGCCUGAAUUAUCUUCUCAAUUGUAAUUCGAGCUUGCAAUUGUUGAUUUCAGCGCAAUUCUUAUAUAGAUUUUCUCCAA